CGCAGUACCCCGUUCUGUGCCAGGGAGUAUGGGAAAUACAGUCGUAGGAUUCCGCGACUGAGGGGCCGACAGGGGCGGGUAAAGGAACGAGGCUGGCCGCUGGUUUCUUAUAGCUCCCCUCAGGCAGCAAGGCUCGGCUUCAGGCGCUCGCCUGAUGCCCAGGAUAUUGACCUCAUCCCCGUCUAACCCACCGGGUCCUCAUUGCCUGUUGAGCCUCUUACCCGAGUCAGGCCCGCCACUGGAGGCCCCGUCGGGGCCCGUGUUCCACCCCGGGGUGUGGUCUCCUCAGGCGGGAGUCACGCGUGCGUGUUCCGGUCGUGUGGCUAUUUGAUCGUCAGCUCCUUUGCUUAGAGUAGCCCCGUUUCGCCGUUCGGAGACCACAAAGUCACGGAGACUGGAGCCUCUCCCCCAAAUCUGCUUACUUCUGUAGAAGCGUUAAAGUCUGUUUUUCUUUGGGAAGACGAGACCCCCGACAUAGGAUCAAGGAAGAUUUAAAGGGUCAGGCUGAUUGUUUUCUUAAUGUUCUCCCAAAAGCCAUGUCCAGGCCCUUCCUCAUCACCUUCACUCCAGCCACCAACCCCAGCGACCUCUGGAAAGAUGGGCAGCAGCAGUCACAGCCUGAAGAGCUGGAGCCCACCUUGGAUGGGGCUGCAGCCCGGGCUUUCUAUGAGGCCCUGAUUUCAGAUGAGAGCAGUGUCCCGGAAUCCCAGAGAUCUCAGCCUGAACCUGCCAGUAAGAGAAAGAGGAAGAAGAGAAGAAUGAUGAGGGAAGCUGCUUCAGGAACCUCGGGAGGACAUGGACAAAGGAGAUCCCUUGAGGCAGAGGACAAGAUGACCCAGUGGAUACUGAGGGCAGCUCAGGAGGGUGACCUGGCAGAACUAAGAAGGCUGUUGGAUCCCCGUGAAGCAGGGGGAGCCGGAGGCAAUAUCAACACUCGGGAUGCCUUCUGGUGGACCCCCCUGAUGUGUGCUGCUCGAGCAGGCCAGGGAGCUGCUGUGCGUUAUCUCCUGGGCCGUGGAGCUGCCUGGGUGGGCGUCUGUGAGCUGGGUGGCAAGGAUGCUGCUCAGCUGGCUGAAGAAGCAGGUUUCCCUGAGGUGGCGCGCAUGGUCAGAGAGAGCCAUGGAGAGAUGAGGAGUCCUGAGAACCGGUCUCAAUCCCCCUCCCUCCGGUACUGUGAGACCUGCAAUGCCCACUUUCAAGACUCUAACCAUUACACGUCCACUGCUCACCUGCUGUCACUGCCCCGUGAUCUCAGGUCCCCCAACCUGCCCCUUGGGGUUCCCACCUCCAGCCCAGGCUUCAAGUUGCUGCUGAGGGGAGGCUGGGAGCCUGGAAUGGGGCUGGGACCUCGGGGUGAAGGCCGCACCAACCCCAUCCCCACUGUCCUCAAGAGGGACCAGGAAGGAUUAGGCUACAGAUCAGUGCCCCAACCCCGAGUCACACACUUCCUGGCUCGAGAUACUCGCGCAGUGGCUGGGAGCGAGAGAGCCCCUCGGGUGACCACACUGAGCCGGAGGGAGGAGAGAAGGCAGGAGGAGAAGGACAGGGCCUGGGAGCGGGAUCUGAGGACAUACAUGAACCUUGAGUUCUGACCUUGGUAAGGUCUGAUCCUGGUCUAUUGCUGAAGUCUGAACUUGGACCUAGGCACUCUGGCUUUUACUUCCUGGGGUCUGUCCAGGUCCCAGAUCCUCAGAUUUUAGUCAGUGGGCUCUGUCUUUGGGAGAGGGGAGCUGAGAGCUGAAAAAUAAAUCAAACUUCUUCCUCCUUU